AUUCAUUGCAACACAAAUAGUCACUUGUGUAUAUUAAAGAGAAAACAAAUAUGCAUAUCUUAAAUUCUUUUUUGAAAAAGUUGCAACACCUUUGUAGCACAUCACUUCAAAGAAUUGCAUGUCAAACCAAAUCAAUUUUUUUCUUAGCAGCAUGUUUUUGUCGCUUCAUCCUCCUAAGAGCAAACCCAUUAUGGGUUCAAAUUGUAUAUUUCACAUCUCUUUCAACUUUGGGUUUUGGAUUUCUCAAAGUUCUAAAACCUUUAGGUGAAACACCUAAAAAUUUAGAUUUGUUCUUCACAUCCAUUUCAGCCACCACAGUUUCAAGCAUGUCCACGGUUGAAAUGCAAAAUUUUUCUAACCCUCAAUUAAUCAUCAUUACCAUCUUAAUGUUCAUAGGUGGUGAAGUUUUUACAUCAAUGGUAGGACUUUUUUUCAUUAGGUCAAGGCUCAAAACUGAGCUAGAUAAAAUUGCUUCUUCUCAUGCACGUCUUGCUUCUAUAAACACUUUCAAUAUUGAACAAAUUCAUCUUGAAGUUGAAAUGGUCACAAAUGAGGUACACAAUAAAUCACAUGAAUCUUUGCACAAUAAAUCACAUCAAUCUUUGCACAAUAUGUCGCAUGAAUCUUUGAGUACAACAAAUGAAAAUUUGAGGUAUUUGUCUAUGAAAUAUUUGGGUUAUGUAGUUUUUGCUUACUUUUUAAUUAUUCACAUUAUAGGUGUAAUUGGGGUGUCUAUUUACCUUGCAAUUAUUCCUAGUGCUAAACAAAUACUUAAAAACAAGGGUCUAAAAAUGUUCACAUUUUCUGUUUUUACUAUAGUUUCAACAUUUGCAAGUUGUGGAUUUGUUCCAACAAAUGAAAACAUGGUUGUUUUUAGAAAGAAUUCAGGUCUUCUUCUUAUGCUUAUUCCACAAGUACUUCUUGGGAACACAUUGUACCCUCCAUGCUUGAGAUUUUGUAUAUGGGUAUUGGGAAAAUUUUACAAGAAGAAAGAGUGUAGGUAUCUUUUGAAACAUUCUGAGGAAGUUGGUUACAAACACUUGCUUAAGGGAAAACACUCUAUCUGUCUUGUGGCUACUGUUUUUGGGUUGAUUAUGGUUCAAGUUACACUAUUUUGUGCAAUGGAUUGGGAUUCAGAAGGUUUGAAGGGGUUGAAUUUUUAUCAAAAAAUGAUUGGUGUAUUGUUUCAAAUUGUGAAUUCAAGACAUACGGGAGAAACUGUUGUGGAUAUCUCAAAUCUAUCACAAGCUAUCUUGGUAUUGUUUGUGCUCAUGAUGUACCUUCCUCCUUACACCUCAUUCCUCCCAUUGAAAAGUGAUGGGAAAAACUCAGAAAGAAGUAAGAGGAUGAAAAAGAUAAGGGGAAAAGUUACAGAGAAUUUGAUAUUUUCUCAACUCUCCUAUUUAGUCAUAUUCAUCAUUCUAGUGUGCAUAACUGAGAGGAAAAAAUUGAAGGAAGAUCCUCUCAAUUUCAACGUUUUGAAUAUUGUUGUUGAAGUUGUAAGUGCGUAUGGAAACGUAGGAUUUACUAUGGGAUACAGUUGUGAACGACAAUUACAUCUAGAGAUAAAUUGUGAAAACAAAUGGAUUGGAUUUGUUGGGAAAUGGAGUGAUGAGGGUAAGAUCAUUCUCAUACUUAUUAUGUUGUUUGGAAGGCUUAAAAAAUUCAACAUGGAUGGAGGCAAGCCAUGGAAACUUCUCUGAUUCAUCAUCAAUUUCACAUAUCACUUGUGCCUUAAGAUAACCAAUGAAAAUUAAUUGUGUGGAAAGCUCAUUCCAAAUAUUCCAUGCAAUGUAAGCACUUCAAUUUCUAUAUAUGUAUAUUAUGCAGAUAAUUCUCUGCAAUUUUUUUA